AUGGAGAGAAUUAUGGAACUAGGUCUUUUGAUUCUUUUGGGUCUGCCGCCUGUGGUGGGAACUGGACACUGGUGUGAACACACGGUGGAAGAGAGAGUGGAGUGGGUUCUCUCCCCACGUCUACAGCUCGAGGUGAGCUGCUCUGAAGUGUACCAGUACAACACCCAGGGAUGGAGACUGGAUGUGGAUAGGCUGCGCACCAAGCAUGGGGGGGAUGAGGGUAUUGCACUUUAUUACAAACAACAGGGACAGAAGGCAUCCUGUUUCUUGUACAAACCCCCAGAGAUGCAGAGCGAAGUGGUGAAUAAAACAGUGAGGACCUGUUGUGAGGGAUGGGGAGGACCUCACUGCUCUCAGGGUGUUGGGGUGCGUGGUCAGUGCUAUUCCACGUGGAACUGUGUGGAAUUCCCUGGAGUUCAUAACUCCUCACUCAUGCCGAUGGAGCAAUGCUGCAGCACCCUGUGGGGACUGAGCUGGAGGAACGCCUCGGACCAAACAUGUUUGACUUGCACCUACACUCUGCUGCCAGACUCCCAGUCCUCUCCUCUAGUGCGAAGUGGACUGCUGGGUACUGCCAGGGUUUCUCAAGGCUCAGCCACAUGCAUGUCCUGGGGUGGAGUCCACUAUCGCACUUUUGACAGGAAGCACUUCCACUUCCAGGGAAGCUGUACGUACCUUCUGGCCUCAUCUACUGAUGGCACCUGGGCAGUCUAUAUCAGUACAGUCUGUGACCAAAGAGGAGACUGUAGCAAGGCCCUAAGGAUGAUGCUGGGUCUAGAUUUGGUUUCUAUUCAUCACAGAAACCUAACGCUGAACACCCUCCCUGUUCCAAAUGGGGAGCCACUAUUUCAAAAUGGUGUGAGUGUCCAUUGGCUAGGGGACUUUGUGUUUGUGGAGAGUGGAGUGGGGGUGAGGAUGAAGUUCGACAUGGUCAACACAAUUUAUGUGACAGUAACCUCUGAGCACCUUGGAACCACCAGGGGACUCUGUGGACUCUUUAACAACAACCCUGAUGAUGACUUCACCACGAUGGCUGGAGCCGUCUCUCCAUAUGCUGCCAGUUUUGGCAACUCAUGGAAAGUUCCGGACCAGCACAUAGAGGAGUGCAGCGAUGCAGCUGAGCUCGGCCACAGCUGUGAUGCCACUGGAGAGCCCACUCUACGCAGGCAUGCAGAAUCAGUGUGUAAUCAGUUGCUGGAAAACCCCUUCACACACUGCUACAGCGAGGUUGACCCAGUAAUUUACAUAGACACCUGUCAGUAUCUAUAUUGUAGCCUCCCACCCAAAGAGAGACAGGAUGCAGUGUGUGACACCCUGGCCAGCUACACCCGAGAGUGUGCUCAGCGACACAUCAUCUUAAUGUGGAGGACAGCAACAUUAUGUGGUCGUGUCUGCCCCAGAGGACAGGUUUUUUCAGACUGUGUGUCCUCCUGUCCUCCGAGCUGUACUUCACCUCAGCCCCCAGGGCCUGCUGCAGCCAUGGGUCAGUGCAGAGAGGAGUGUGUGGGGGGCUGUGAGUGUCCUCCUGGUCUCUACCUUCACCAAGGUCUCUGUUUGAAAAGAGAAGACUGCCCCUGUUUCCACCGCAGGCAUAGCUACCAGCCUGGGAACAGUAUACAGAUGAGAUGCAACACCUGUGUGUGCAGGGCAGGUCAGUGGGAAUGCACAGGUGAGAAGUGUUCAGGCCAGUGCACUCUGAUGGGGGCAUUACAGGUGACCACGUUAGACAAAAAACGGUAUGGGUUGCCUGGAGGAAACUGUCCUUUCAUUGUUGUGGAGGACUUUGUUGACAGGAAGUUGACGGUGGGAGUGCGCUGUGGACAGUGUACAGUAGGGGACCGGGGAGGGGUAGCAGAAAUGGGCUGUUUAAAGGAGAUGUCAGUGACAGCCCAGCACACAACAGUCACCAUCACAGACACUGGCACUGUGACUCUGAAUGGCCAACGGGAGACACUGCCUGUGGUGACCGGAGACCUGGUGCUGCGUAAGGUCUCCUCUUCAUUUAUCUUCAUCCAGACCUUUGGUGCUCAACUUCUUUGGUACUUAGAUGGAUCUUAUGCCCUCAUCAGCCUGCAGCCUGGUUUUGCCAACAAGGUGCGUGGUCUGUGUGGAACAUUGACCUGGAGCCAGCAUGAUGACUUUACAACCCCGGAGGGAGAUGUGGAGAACAACGUUUUAUCCUUUGCAGAGAAAUUCUCAAUUGAGCCAUGCACCUUGCCUGGAGGAGCUCCACCUGAUCCCUGUUCCACAUACACCCAGAGGAGAACCUAUGCUGAAACAGUGUGUGCUAUCAUGCAUAGUCCUGUCUUUCAGGUGUGUCAUGAUGUGGUGGACAGGGAGCCAUAUUUCCGUCUCUGCCUGUCAGAGGUGUGUGGCUGUGGUCCACAGAGAACGUGUCACUGCACCGUCCUUACUGCCUAUGCCCGGCACUGUGCACAGGAGGGUGUCAUGGUCCACUGGCGCAACCAAACAUUCUGCCCGGUCCAGUGCACAGGGGGCCAGGUGUACCAGGAAUGCGGUCGUGCCUGCGGUGGCUCCUGCUCAGACCUGCGACACGGCUGGAACUGCGAUGAUUUCACUUCUGAAACAGGUCAAGGCAUGUGUGUUCCAGGUUGUCAGUGUCCUUCAGGACUUGUGCAGGACCAGCAAGGCCAGUGUGUGCCCAACUCCUUGUGCCCUUGUAUGGAAGGAGACAAGGCAUACCCAGCAGGAGCUGUGGUUCUGAAAAGCUGUAACACCUGUGUGUGUGAGCAGGGAGUAUUUAACUGCAGCCAGGAGCACUGUGAGGAAGUACAACAGUGCCCCCACUCGCUGGUCUACUCACCACGCUCCUGCCUUCUUACUUGCUCCAGUCUGGACCCUCUUGGCCAUCAGCAUGUGUCCAGAGUCUCACAAUCAAGCUGCAGAGAGCCAUUGUCUGGUUGUGUCUGUCCUCAGGGAACUGUCUUACAAGAUGAUCGCUGUGUUCUGCCGGAUGAGUGUCCAUGUCACCAUAAUGGUCAACUUUAUUACACCAAUGACACUAUCACUAAAGACUGCAACACAUGUGUGUGUAAGGAACGACACUGGCACUGCACCCAGACCAUCUGUGCUGGAGUGUGUGUUGCAACUGGUGAUCCACACUAUGUGACAUUUGACGGCCGCUGCUACUCGUUUCUUGGUGACUGCCAGUAUGUGCUGGCCCGGGAGAACAGCGGUUUGUUCAGCGUUACGGCAGAGAACGUGCCGUGUGGCAGCACUGGCGUCACGUGCACCAAGUCAGUCACCCUCAGUCUGGGAAACACUGUCAUACAUCUGCUGAGAGGUAAAGCAGUCACAGUAAAUGGAAUGCCCGUUAUACUACCCAAGUCCUACAGUGGCAGCGGUUUGACUUUGGAGAGAGUCGGUAUAUUUGUUGCACUCUCUUCCCGACUAGGAAUCACCUUGCUUUGGGACGGAGGUAUGCGUGUGUAUGUGCGCCUGGCGCCCCACAUGCGGGGUCAAGUUGGAGGUCUGUGUGGUAAUUUCGAUGGAGACACAGAGAAUGACUUCACAACACGUCAAGGAAUCGUGGAGUCUACACCUGACCUAUUUGGAAAUUCUUGGAAGGUCAGUCCUUCUUGCCCAGAUGUGGAAAACCAGGACCUCAGAGAUCCCUGUGCUUUGAACCCCCACAGAAUGACAUGGGCCAGGAAAAGAUGUGCUGUGCUGACUCAGGAGCUGUUUUCACGGUGCCACACCGAGGUGUCAUUUCAGCAAUAUUAUGACUGGUGUGUCUUUGAUGCUUGUGGCUGUGACUCCGGUGGAGACUGUGAGUGUCUUUGCACAGCUAUCGCUUCGUAUGCUGAGGAGUGCAACCGGAGAGGAAUUUACAUCCGCUGGAGGUCCCAGGAGCUCUGUCCUCUUCAGUGUGAUAAAGGACUGGUCUACGAUCCAUGCGGCCCAGCUUGCACUCUGUCAUGCCCGAGUGUUCAGCAGAGUCCAUACUCUCAUUGUGGAGUGCUUUCUUGUGUGGAGGGCUGCUUCUGCCCUGCUGGCACAGUCAGACAGGGUGACAGCUGCAUAGUAUCCACACAGUGUUCGUGCGAAUGGGAAGGCUCCAUGUUUCCACCUGGAAGUACCAUCGCUAAACACUGUCAGAACUGUUCUUGUGAAGAGGGUACAUGGCACUGUGAGGGUUUGUCUUGCCCUCCUCCCCCACCUCCUUGCCUCAAAUCAGAGUUUUCCUGUGCCAGUGGACGCUGCAUUUCCUCUCAGUGGGUGUGUGACAACGAUGAUGACUGUGGAGAUGGUUCAGAUGAGAUUUGCCCAUUCACCUGCUCUCCAGACCAGUUCCGGUGUGCAAGCACCCCGAGUGGACCAUGUUUGAACCUGGCUCUGCGUUGUGAUGGCCACCCAGACUGUGCUGACCUAUCAGAUGAGGAGUUCUGUGGACCUGCCACCCCUGUGCCCAUGUGUCCUCCUGGAGAGUUUCAGUGUGCCAACGGAAGGUGUCUGCCAGCCAGCCAUGUGUGUGAUGGGCGGCUGGACUGUGGCUUUGCUGAUGAGUCUGAUGAGCAAGACUGUGGUGAGGUAUGUGAUGAAGGGGAGUUCCUGUGUCCAGGAGGACGCUGCAUCCUCUACAUCCACCGCUGUGAUGGCCACGAUGACUGUGGAGACCUCAGUGACGAAAGGGGGUGUGUGUGCUCACCAGGAGAGUUUCAGUGUCCAGGCGAUCAGUGUGUCCCUGCAGACAGACUCUGUGAUGGACACAGAGACUGCUCUUCAGGAACAGAUGAAGCUGUCUGCCCGAGGAAAGUUUGUGGGUCCUAUGAGUUCACCUGUACCAGCAGGGGGCAGUGUGUGCCUCAGGCAUGGCGUUGUGAUGGGGAAACAGACUGUAUGGAUGGCAGUGAUGAGCAGCAGUGUGCUGCUCAGUGUGGACCAGGCCAAGUGCUUUGCCUCAGUGGGGAGCAGUGUGUGGAUUACCAACAACUCUGUGAUGGCACCCCACACUGCAGAGAUGCAUCUGAUGAGAGCAUCAACACCUGUGAUAAAACCAUUUCACCAGCGCCCCCUGGCAGUCGAAACAUCUCUACGCCCUGCUCUGAGUUCACCUGUAUGGAUGGAACCUGUUUACCAUUUAACAAGAUGUGUAAUGGUGUAGCAGACUGUCCUGACUCGUCAUUAACACCAUUUGGAGGACCCACAGAUGAGCACAGGUGUAGAACUUGGAGCUCCUGGGGCCCCUGGAGUCCGUGCAGCACCUCCUGUGGAACAGGUACCAUGAGUCGGCAUAGAUCCUGCCCUGCAGGUGACCCACUUCAUCACUGUUUGGGCCAACACAUCGAGAAGCAGCAGUGCUUCAACACAACCUGCCCUGUGGAUGGUCGUUGGUUGCCAUGGUCAAGCUGGUCCAACUGUUCCAGUGGUUGUGGUGGGGUGAAGGUGAGGCACAGAGACUGCAUUCCUCCCCGCAAUGGAGGUGAACAUUGUUCCCAGCUUCCUGGACCAUCUAACCUCUCCAUGGAAAUCAAACCAUGUCCUGAUGAUGGUUGUACAAAUGCCAGCUGUCCCCCUGGCCUAGUGAAACACAAAUGUGCCCCAUGUCCUGUCUCCUGUGCUCAGAUCAGCAGUGGGUCAACCUGUGACUCCACAACACCCUGCUUCUCUGGUUGCUGGUGCCCUGAAGGCCAAGCGAUGAGCCAUACACAACAGUGUGUGUUACCUGGAGAGUGUGGGUGUCAGGUGGCUGGUGUUCGAUACUGGCCAGGUCAGAAAAUAAAAAUGGGCUGUGACCUUUGUGUUUGUGAGCGGGGAAGACCUCAGAGGUGUCAACCCAACCCAGACUGCUCAGUGCACUGUGACUGGUCAUCAUGGUCAGAGUGGGGAGAGUGUUUGGGACCCUGCGGUGUCCAAAGUGUCCAGUGGUCGUUCCGCAGCCCGAAUAAUCCCACCAAGCAUGGAGAUGGAAGAGUGUGCAGAGGGAUUUACAGAAAGGCUCGCAGAUGUCAGACAGACUCCUGUGAUCAGUGUCACUAUCAGAGUCGGCUCCAUGCAGUUGGAGAAAGAUGGAGGGCAGAACCCUGCCAGUUAUGCCACUGUCUUCCCAACCUCACAGUGCAGUGUGCCCCCUACUGUCCAUAUGCCGUCACUGGAUGCUCUAUGGGGCUAAGCCUCAUCCCUGGGGAGGGAAACAGGUGCUGUUACUGCCAAGGAGAAAAUGGCACGAUGACCUUGACAGUGACCCCUGGCAUUAUGACACCCAAGCCAGAGGAUAUCACUCCUGUGGUACCUACAUAUCCAUUUCUACCUGGAGAUGAGUGCUGGGUUCCUUUGGGUGUCCAGACACUCCCAGUGUCUAGUUUCACUGCCUCGUCGCACCAGGAGGGCCACCCACCUGAAGAAGCACGUCUUCAUGGGUGGGACCCUCGUAGAGAUCUCCAGGGCUGGAGUCCAGAGCCAGAGGAGUAUAAAGACCUACCACAAAAGAGACCAGAAGGGCAGAGUGUCAACACACAAAGCCCCUACAUACAGAUUGAUCUACUUAAACCUUACAACAUCACUGGUGUGCUGACCCAGGGAGGUGGUGUGUUUGGCACAUUUGUGUCCAGUUUCUACCUCGAGUUCAGUCAUGAUGGAAAACGGUGGUUCACUUACAAGGAGCUUCCAUCUGAUGCACCACCUAGAGCCAAGGUUUUUCUUGGUAACCAUGAUGAUCGAGGUGUGACAGAAAGCAGGCUGGACAGGAUAGUGUCGUCUCAAUUUGUGCGAGUAUUGCCUCAUGACUUCCAGAACGGCAUCUAUCUUCGGCUGGAGAUUAUGGGCUGUGGUGAUGGUUAUCAUUGGCUAACUUCCCCAACGGCUCCUUCACCAGUCUCUCCAGGUGAAGGCUGUAGAGAGAAAGAAUUCCAGUGUGACAAUGGUCGCUGUGUACCAGCAGGGUCUGUGGGAGUUGUCUGUGAUGGGGUCAAUGACUGUGGGGAUGGAUCAGAUGAGAAGUACUGUGGUACUCAACCCUCCUCAACAGCCACUAGUCCACGCAGCUGUCCCGCUGGUCACUUCUCCUGCCCACCACCAGGGGGCUGCAUUGAGGCAGACAGUCGUUGUGAUGGUAUUCCUAACUGCCCCAAAGGAGAGGAUGAAAACGGAUGCCAUCUGCAUGAUUUCACUACACAGUCAGAUAGGCCACACACCCCUACUCCCUCCCCUCUGAAGACCCCAUCAAUGGCUGCUGUUACUCUCUCAACUGACGGUGGCCCAGCAUAUCAUGGGAUUUGCUCCUUUCCUCUUGGACUGGAGGAUGGGAGGAUUCAUUACGGCCAGCUGUCCUCAUCCUCACAGCAUGAGAACAACCCUGCUGAUGCCGGGAGACUAAACAUCGUCCCGAACAUUCGAGUUAUGGAGCCUGGCUGGAGCCCCGUACCUGAGGACCCCCAGCCAUAUUUUCAGGUGGAUUUCCUGGAGCCCACUUGGAUAUCAGGGGUGGUGACACAGGGCAAUGACCGGAUGGGGGGUUACCUCACCAAAUACCGCCUGGCCUUUGCCUCACAGAGCGGCCUUUUUACAGAUUUCACAGCAAAUGGAAAGUUUGAUGGCCCUGCUAAGGUGUUUGAGGUUCGGAUGGUGGGCAGGACCCCUGUGACCCGCUGGUUGGGUCGGUUGGUAAGAGCUCAGUACAUCCGAGUUAUCCCUGUUGAGUUCAGGCACACCUUUUACCUGCGUGUUGAGGUUCUCGGCUGCAGAGGAGAUGAGCAGGUGACCACAUCGCCCCCUGGGGUUGGGAAAGUGACAGUGCAGCACUGUAAGCCAGGCCAGUUUGUAUGCCACCACAGUAAGGAGUGCAUCCCUGUGUCUUUGCUUUGUGAUGGUCAACCAAACUGCAAGGACUACUCUGAUGAGAUAAGCUGUGGAACCGCACCUACCAGAGGCCUUCCAGGCCUCCAUGAUCAGACCGGCUACACUAGAACACCUGGUAUCCAUGGCAAAAACACAACAGGCAGUCCUGGGCUACUUACUACCAGUUCUGAAGAUGACUUACCUUAUGUGGCACCAACUGGAGUCACAGCUAGCCCUCAGCCGCGGAGUACAGGAGUCACAACAGGCCAACCUGGACUCCAUCUCACUCCCUCCCUGCAGCCUGGCAGACCUGGUCUUCAAACCACAGAAGCACCAUCAGUCAUUACAAGCACCCCUGAUACUGGUCUGCCCAGAGUUAUUUGUGUGGAGGGCCAGUUCAUGUGCAGGUCAUUUGGCUGUGUGGACUCUGCACAAGUGUGUGAUGGAAGGAAGGAUUGCUUGGAUGGUUCAGAUGAAGACCAUUGUGGUAUGACAUCAUAUUCUCCAUCAGUAACUCCAUGGCGCCCCCUGGUGCCCAGGCCAUGCUCUCCUAAGCAGUUUUCCUGUGAAAGUGGGGAGUGUGUCCACAAAGAUCGCAGGUGCGACCUGCGGAGGGACUGUGUUGAUGGAUCAGAUGAAAAAGACUGUGUGGAGUGCAUAAUGUCCCCGUGGACAGCCUGGAGUGCCUGCAGUGUGACGUGUGGUCUCGGCUCCUUGUUUCGGCAGAGGGAUAUAUUAAGAGACGCCCUGCCUGGCGGAUCCUGUGGUGGAGCUCAGUUUGACAGUCUAGCCUGCUUUCCUCGAGCAUGUUCAGUCCAUGGUCACUGGUCGGAGUGGACAGAGUGGUCAGAGUGUGAUGCUCUGUGUGGAGGAGGAGUUAGACAGAGGAACCGAACCUGCUCGGCUCCUCCUCCUAAAAACGGUGGGCGAGACUGCGAGGGGAUUACCCGACAAAGCCAAACCUGCAACAUCCAGCCCUGCACCGAUCAGACAGGUACACAGAAAGGCUGUGUUAGCGGUAUGGUCCUGGUGACAGACGAAGACUGUCGAGCUGGAAGAAUUGAUCCCUGUCCUCCUACCUGCUCAGAUCUCAGCAUGACCAGCAACUGCUCUGCAACAUGUAUAAUCGGCUGCCGCUGUCCCUAUGGGUUGUAUCUUCAGGAUGGCCAAUGUGUGAACUCCAGCCAGUGCGUCUGCCACUGGGAUGAUGAGACGCUGCAGCCUGGACAGGUGAUCAGCAGAGAUCAGUGCACCACAUGUAUGUGCAGAGAAGGUCAGGUCACCUGUGACACUUCUAGAUGUGUGGGGACUUGUCAGUGGUCCGUCUGGUCUUCAUGGUCUCCAUGUGAUGUCACUUGCGGUGUGGGGCUGCAGCAACGCUACAGGUCUGUGCUAGUAGCAUCUGGACCAAUCAGAGUGCAGCCCUGUUCAGGAGACACCUCUGAGUCCCGACGUUGCUCCAUCCCAUGUUUCCCUGCCCUACCAGAUGGCACAUGGAGUAAAUGGACCAGAUGGUCAGAGUGCACUAGGACAUGUUUCAGUGACGUAGAUGAUGUGGGAAUCAGACGGCGAUUUCGCAGCUGCAACCACACACACCCAGCUUCCAACCACAUGAACACAGAGCCCAUGUGUGAUGGAGACCAUGAGGAACAAGAGCCAUGCAACACUGUGCACUGUCCAGUGCAUGGAGGGUGGUCAUUGUGGUCUCAGUGGUCUCUGUGUACAUCUGAGUGUGACUCUGGUGUUCAGACAAGGGAGAGAUUCUGCAGUUCACCAACGCCACAUCAUGGAGGCAGUAACUGUACUGGGCCUCACAUACAAACAAAGGACUGCAACUCCCAUCCCUGUUCAGGUGUGUGUCCAGAGGGCAUGACGUACAUGACAGCAGCGGAGUGUGAGGCUCAGGGCGGGCCGUGUCCGCGGGUGUGCAUGGACAUGACCUCCACAGAGGUUCAGUGUGCCACCUCCUGUUACGAUGGCUGUUACUGCACCCCAGGCUUCUACCUGUUCAACAGCAGCUGUGUUCCUUUGGCACAGUGCCCGUGUUACCACCAGGGAGGGAUGCAUCCAACGGGUGCCUCCCUGCCUGCUGAUGCCUGUAACAACUGUACCUGCACUAAUGGAGAAAUGGAGUGUGGGACUGUUCCCUGCCCAGUGGACUGUGGCUGGAGCAGUUGGACACAGUGGAGUGCUUGCACUCGAACAUGUGAUGUAGGCGUCAGACGGAGGUACCGCUCAGGAACCAAUCCUCCUCCAGCCUUCGGUGGUCGUCCCUGCAAAGGAGAGAGAGUCGGGGUAGACACCUGCAGUAUCGAACCCUGUCUUGGUAUACGAGAACCAUGGAGUAUGUGGUCGGCGUGUUCUGUGACGUGUGGGGGAGGCUACAGGACCCGGACCCGUGGGCCGAUCCGAAUCCACGGCACAGCUCAGCAGUUCAGCAGCUGUAACCUGCAGCCUUGUGGUGGGGGCAAGACAUGUCCUCCAGGCCAGCAGUGGACACAAUGUAUGGUGGGGUCUGUGACCUGUACAGACCUCACACUGAACCUAAGCAGGAACUGUACCCCAGGCUGCCAGUGUCCACAUGGGACUGUCCUGCAGGACGGUAAAUGUGUGCCUCAGUCAGACUGCCGCUGUGAUGUUGAGGGAGAGCUGUACACACCUGGUGACACUGUGCCCAGAAACUGCAAGAACUGCACAUGUGAAAGAGGAAAGCUUGUAAAUUGCUCUCAAAUCAGCUGCAAUGUGGAUGGCCAGUGGGCAGGGUGGACUCCAUGGGGUCAAUGCUCAGUGUCGUGUGGACCGGGUCUCCAGUCUCGGUACCGGUUCUGUUCCAGUCCUCAGCGAUCUGGAAGUGGACUUCCAUGUCUUGGUCCUCACCGUGAGGAUCAAGUCUGCGUCAUUGCAUCAUGUGAUCUUGAUGGAGACUGGAGUCAUUGGAGUUAUUGGACAGAGUGCACUAAGUCAUGUGGCGGGGGGAUUCAAAGCCGGAGGAGACACUGCGACAGCCCCAAUCCUGAGGGGGAUGGGAAUUACUGCGAGGGGCUGGGAACAGAAGUCAGAGCCUGUAACACCAACCAUUGUCCAGUGCCACCUUGUUCGAAGGUCCCGGGAACAGUUUUCAGCAGCUGUGGGCCCUCCUGUCCUCGAUCCUGUGACGACCUGGCAGUAACCAAUGGGACGGUCUGUGUAGCGAGGGAAGACUGUCCCUGUUUGGACAUAAACACUGGCCACCGAGUAGAAGCAGGAGAGUCUACUGAGGCUCCUGAUGGAUGCAACAACUGCACAUGUGAGGGUGGCAAGUUCAACUGCACCAGAGAGCCUUGUCCAGUGUCUGGUGGGUGGUGUGAGUGGUCACAGUGGACACCCUGCUCCAGAACCUGUGGGGCAGAGUCGGUGUCUCGCUACAGAAGCUGUAACUGCCCUGAACCAAAAGCUGGGGGAGAACCCUGUCCUGGAGAACAGGAAAUGCACAAUGGGAUAGGAGUUCGAAUACAGAGACAGCCCUGCCCUGUCAUCACGUUCUGCCCAAUUCACGGUUCAUGGAGUUCCUGGUCAGCGUGGUCAGACUGUGAUGGGUGCGCUGGGUCAUCAGUUCGUACCAGACACUGCAACAGUCCCCCUGCCAGAUUCGGUGGCCUUCCCUGUCUGGGAGAGAGCUGGCAGAGUCGCAGAUGCCAUGACAACAUCACUGUCUGCCCAGAUUGUGGUGGUGGUCAGGAAGAAUGGCCAUGUGGGAAGCCUUGUGCUCGCUCCUGUUCGGAUCUCCAUGGUGACACAGAGUGCUUGGACUCCCCCAAGUGCAUCCGGACCUGUGGUUGUCCAGGUGACAUGCUGCUGCAGGAUGGAAUCUGUGUGGCCAGAGAGGAGUGCCGCUGCAAAUAUCACAACAGCUCCACCACUGAUUCCAGUAAUAUGUCAUGGGUGUGGCCUGGUGGAUAUGAUUGGCAGUUUGCAAAUCCAGGAGAUAUCAUCAUCAGUGACUGCAAAAACUGCUCAUGUAAGGCUGGGGUUUUGCAGUGUCAGUCUGUUCCUGGUUGCCAUGUGGAUGGGGACUGGGGACAAUGGGGAACCUGGACCGAGUGUUCGCUUCCUUGUGGUGGAGGACAGUCCCGUUCUCGUGUCUGCACCUCUCCACCUUGCCAUGGCAUCAGUCGUCAAAGCAAAAUGUGCAACACACAAGUCUGCCUUGAUGUGGGCUGCCCUCCAGGCAAGCUGUACAGAGAGUGUGAACGUAGAGAGGGCUGUCCCUUCAGCUGCGCUCAGGUCAGUGGCAAAGAGGGCUGCUACUCUGACAGCUGUGAGGAAGGCUGCCACUGCCCACCACACACCUACCAACACCGUGGAAUGUGUACACAGGAUUGUCCAUGUCUGGUGGAUAAAGAAAUCUUGGCUUCCCUGCAGAGUGCGUCUGUCAAACCAGUAUCAUCUCUGCUCUCCAGCAACAUCUCAGAAGGGAUGGAGCUCAUGUCUGGAGAUACCCUAACACAUGAAUGCAGUACAUGUGAUUGUGAGCAUGGAACAUGGAACUGUUCCCUGGAGCUCUGCCCAGUCGAUGGUGGUUUCUCACCCUGGGGCCCUUGGAGCCCCUGCUCGCUCUCCUGUGGAGGUUUGGGAGUGAAGACUCGCUCAAGAGGCUGCACACAGCCAGCCCCAGCCCAUGGUGGGAGAGACUGUCAUGGGCCCCGCAAGGAAACUACCUACUGCCAGGCUCCUGACUGUCCAGCUACUGUUGUUCCAACAGUGGAACCAGCAAUCCCAGAGGAUUCUGGCUUCUCUCCGUGGUCACUGUGGAGUUCCUGCAGCAAAACCUGCACUGACGUUCAAACCCCUGCUGUAAAGUCUCGUCAUCGACAGUGUGGCAAACCUCCCUGCUCUGGGAACUCUCUACAAGAGAAGGCCUGCAACCUGCCCCAGUGUCCAGGUAUGAAUGUGUGCAUGGGAGCCAACUGUGUAGAAAGGAACUGCUCAUGGAUGGAGUGGGGGAAUUGGGGGUCCUGCUCCCGGUCCUGUGGAGUAGGUCAACAGCAGAGGAUCCGAACUUUCCUCCGGCCUGCUGGUAACGGUUCGUGGUGCGAGGACAUUCUUGAAGGGAACCUGGAGCAUCGGUUCUGUAACAUAAGGCCCUGCAGAGUGGAUGGAGGCUGGUCCAGGUGGAGUCCCUGGUCCCGCUGCGAUCAACACUGUGGUGGAGGUCGCUCCAUCCGCAAUCGCUCCUGCUCCAGCCCUCCGCCAAAGAACGGUGGACAAAAGUGUGUUGGAGAGAAGAACCAGGUCAAGCCAUGCAACACCAAACCUUGUGGUGAGAAAGGGUGUCCGACGGGCCAAGAGUUUGCGUCGUGUGCCAACCAGUGUCCUCAGCGCUGCUCAGAUCUCCAGCAGGGCAUUGAGUGCCAGGGCAGCACUGAAUGUCAGCCUGGCUGUCGCUGUCCUAAAGGUCAGUUGCAGCAGGACGGUGUGUGUGUGGAGUUGUGGCAGUGCGAUUGUUUGGACUCACUGGGCAACAUUUGGGCAGCCGGCAGCUGGCACCAGGUGGACUGCAACAACUGCAGCUGCACUGACGGACAGCUUCUCUGCACCAAUCAGAGCUGUCUCCCCAUCUGCGUUUGGAGCUCUUGGUCCAGCUGGGCAGCGUGCAGUGUUACAUGUUUGCCGGGUCAGAGAACCAGAUACAGCUGCAACUUUGAGGAGGUUCAGCACAAACCUUGCAACCCUGGACCCUGCCCCCCUCUCUGUCUUCAAGACGACCAGGAACUCAGAGUGGGAGACACCUGGCUGCAGGGAGAGUGUCAGCAAUGCACAUGUACCCCAGAGGGAGUCUACUGCCAAGACAUUGACUGUAGAGUUGAUGGGGCCUGGACCCCCUGGUCAGUGUGGUCUGACUGCUCAGUGACCUGUGGUCAAGGCACGCAUGUUCGAACCCGAGCCUGCAUCAAUCCCCCACCACGAAACAACGGCUCUCACUGCACCGGACCAGCAAGACAAACGCAGCACUGUCAAACCCCUCCGUGUUUGGAUGACCUUUGCCCGUGGUCGCCAUGGUCACCGUGCUCCCGGAGCUGCGGUGCUGGGUCAGUGUUGCGGCGCAGGCUGUGUGUGUGUGAGGAGGGAGGGAAUGCUGCGUGCCCCCCUGAGGUUGAGGCUGUGAGGAACAGUGAGGAGACCCAACUGUGCUACUAUCAACCGUGUCCGAGCUGUCCCAUGUCUGCGUGGAGCGUUUGGUCCCGGUGCUCAUGUGAGACUCAGAGACAGCAGCGCUAUCGUGUAGCUCUCACCUCAGCCACCAGGGGCCAGCAGUGCACUCCUGUAGAAACACAGAGCCAGGCGUGCAGCCUCAGUCAGUGUGAUGCCUGUGAAGCCCCGUUUGUUUACUCAGCAUGUGGAGCUCCCUGUGAGAAGCAGUGUGCACUGAUGGGCAGAGAAGAUAUGUGUGUUGGUGUCAGGGAGUGCACACCUGGCUGUUACUGCCCUGAGGGCCUGCUGCAGCAGAAUGGUAGCUGUGUUCGUCUGCAGGAAUGUGGAUGCAUCUACCUGCAGCACCAGGCUUCAGGAGAACCUCCCACACCUAUCACUGUUGCUCAGGGGGCCACAGUCACCAUUGACUGCAGCACCUGUCUUUGUCAUGAUGGGACUUUACAUUGUGACAUGAGAGAGUGUGAAGUUAUCCUCAGCGAGUGGUCAGAGUGGACCCCCUGCUCUCCCUGCAUACCCCUGAACUCUGAGCAGCUUGGUACUUCCCUGGAAGGGCUCAUCAACAGCACUAAAAUGGUCUCCAUCCAGAGACGUUUCCGGGCCUGCUUGGACAUAGAUUCCGGACUUCCUGUCAAGAGAGAGGAGGAAAACCAAUGCCUGGGACCGUUGGUUGAAGAGAGGCUCUGUCCAGAUGCCACCAUCUGUAGAGAUCUGUGCCACUGGAGUGUGUGGAGUGUUUGGACGGCAUGUGCACAACCAUGCAGCGGUGGAGUCAGGCAUCGCUACAGACGACCUCUGGCCUCUCCCGCAGGGCCCCGCUGUAGGAGCCAGCAGACGCAGAGUCAGAGUUGCAACACCGGACUCUGUCCAGGUGAGCGCUGUGAGGACAGGGAGCGGAUCUAUCACGACAGCUGUGCAAAUCAGUGUCCUCGGAGCUGUGCAGACUUAUGGGAGCAUGUGCAGUGUCUGCAAGGAAGCUGUCACCCAGGCUGUCGAUGUCCAGAUGGACAGUUGCUGCAGGAUGGCCACUGCGUACCAGUGACCGAGUGUCGCUGUGGAACCCCAUCAGGCAAUGGGACAGUGGAGUUCAGCCCUGAAGAGGAGCUCAUUAUUGAAUGUAACACUUGUGUGUGUGAAAAUGGCACUCUGGCGUGCACAACACUUCCUUGUCCAGUUUAUGAGCCUUGGAGCCCGUGGAGCUCCUGCUCAGUCUCCUGUGGACACGGACUAAGAACAAGGACACGGAGCUGCCAGGACACCAAGAACGGUCCCUCCUGUGCUGACACCACACAGACAGAGAGCUGUGAUCUGCUAUCUUGUCCAGAGGGUUGUUUAUUAAGUGACUGGUCAUCCUGGAGUGAGUGCAGCAGCACGUGUGGCGGAGGGGUGUCAACGAGGAACAAGACAGUACUUCAAGAACCAGAACCUGGUGGGGCAGGCUGUGUUGGACCACUCAAACAGCAUACAGUCUGUAACACCAACAGCUGCCUGCCUGAGUGUCCCAGCAGGCAGGUAUACAGUAACUGUUCAGCUUCUUGUCCUUACUCCUGCGAGGACCUGUGGCCACACACCCAGUGUUUACCUGUACCUUGUAUCCAAGGGUGUUCGUGUCCUCCUGGACAGGUGUUGUUAGAGGGCUCCUGUGUGCCUCACGCUGACUGUCCCUGUUCAUCACUCUCGUUGCCAACUGAAUACCAAAGGUGGAACAUGAGCAGUGAGGGCUUUGUGGAAGUUCUGCUGAAGCCUGGAACAACUAUUAAGCACCGCUGCAACACAUGUGUUUGCCGAGGUGGAGUGUUCAGCUGUACCUCAAAGACCUGCGAUGUGGCCUGUCAGUGGUCCAGCUGGUCACCAUGGAGUCCGUGCUCAGCCAGCUGUGGUACUGGCCGGCAAAGUUCCACAAGAUCAAUUCUGCAGCCCAGCCUGUAUGAAGGAGCCCCAUGUGAAGGCUUGAACGUCCGUAGCACAGGCUGUGUUGCUCCUGACUGUGUAUGCCCUGAUGAGGAGCAAUGGAGGAGGAACCCGUUAGCGGAGGUCCUGCUGUGUGAGAGAAGCUGCCAGGACAUUUACUCCACCUCCCCUGUCAACUGCAGCCGGUCCGCUGAGGGUUGCGUGUGUCGGGAGGGGCUUUACCGAAAUCUGGAGGGCCUGUGUGUUAUCCCCGCCCUCUGUCCCUGCCAUGACCAAGGCAUCCUGCGAGAGGCUGGAUCGGAGUGGGAAGAGGGCUGUCUUUCAUGCAGCUGUGUGAACGGGAGAAAACUGUGCCAGAUGAGGUGUUCUCCACUUUCCUGUGAAGAGGGUGAAGUUAAAGUGGAGGAACCAGGCAGCUGCUGUCCAGUCUGCAGAAAACUGUUCCCCGGUGAGCCUGAGGCAGAGUGUAAGCGCUACGUUGAGGUCCGGAACAUCACCAAGGGAGGCUGUCGGCUUGACAACGUGGAGGUCAGCUUCUGCAGGGGACGUUGUCUGUCCUGGACUGAUGUCAUUAUGGAGGAGCCCCACCUUCGCUCAGAGUGUGAGUGCUGCAGUUACAAACUGGACCUGGUAAAACCAGUCCGUUUCCUCAGCCUGCAGUGUGACAGCGGAGAAAGUGAGCAGGUCUUCCUACCAGUCAUUACCAGCUGCGAAUGCACCAGCUGUCACGGAGGCGACUUGUCCAGGCGUUAAUGUGUGUGUGUUGAAGAGUGUUUGUGAGUGUGUGUCAGGUAGAGUGGAAUUAGUCUGAAACCCACGCUGAGCGAGACCAGGAUUCUAAGUGCCAACUCUGUGAUAGAUGGAUGUUUCUGGGUUGAACAGAUGGAUGGACAGUCGAGUGGAAGAAGUUCUUCUUGAAGGACAUAUUGCUCCACAUUUUUCAAUCGUAGUUUCAAGUUCUUUUCCUGCAGCUUCUUCAGCCUGUUUUCUUGUUUCCAAAUAUUGAACUUAUCAAUAAAAAUGCUUUUAAAUAGAGGAAA